AUGCUGCUCCUCCACCAGACCGGGAGCAUUAAAAUCGGCGAGGUCGUCCGCUACACCGUCACCUACACGCCCUCGCAAGAUCGCAUCCUCCCUUCGCCAGAGAAGCUCUAUGUGCGAAUACGCAACACCUCCAACAUCGCCCUGCGAGCCGCCUUUGUCCACGGCCCAUACACGCUGAGCGUGGCGACAUACCCCGCCAAGUUCAACCCAAACGAAAGAUUCCCCAACCCCCGCCGCUAUGGCGUCCCUGAAUUCGAGCCCAUGCUCAAGGCUGGAGGCUCUUGGGAGGCCCAGCUGGUUGUGCCGGAAGAUGUGCGGCAGAUGGCCGGCACUGGAGGCAAUAACACGGUGUUUGGCAGCGGUCCGGAGCACGACUUUGAAAGCGCGAGCUGGGUGAUUGAGAUCUCGUCGCAGGUCAUCUUCUCUACAUCCGCGGCAGUUGGAUACGAGCUUUUGGUGGCGAGAGAGCAAAAGUCACUGAGUCUCGGCUCGUCUGUUCCGGUCGUUGGUGGCCAAGCCCAGGUUCCGCAACCUGGAAAGCUGACGGACCAUCAGCAGAGCAUCGGGGCCAAGGACGGGCACCACCCUGCACAGCCUCGAGGCGUCUUCUCUAAAGCUAUACAUGUCAAAGUGGAGGAUACGGCAACGCUGUGGAACACACCCCGGCUACCGUUAUGGGAUGAUGCAGGCGAUAAGAGGGUGGAAGACCGACCUACCGCCGAUGAGCCCGUCGAGAGCAUGGUGAAGACUGGCGAUCCAGAGACCAAAGAAGAAGGGGAACCGUCUCCACGAAAGCCGAAGAAGGUUCACCUUGUCAUUCUAACGCAUGGUUUGCACAGCAAUCUGGGCGCCGACAUGUUGUUUAUGAAAGAGAGUAUUGAUGCUGCUGCAAAGCAAGCCAAGAUUGAUGCAAAAGCUAGGCGAGCGAAGAAGCGAGCAGAGGAUGAGGCCGCUUCCGACAAGAAGGCGCAAGAUGGCUCUUCAUCCGCAGGAAGUGAAGACGACGAGGAAGACGAGGACGAAGAAGUCAUUGUGCGAGGAUACUCGGGGAAUGCUACAAAGACAGAGAAGGGUAUCAAAUACCUUGGGAAAAGACUGGCCAGAUACGUUCUCUCCAUGACGUACCCGGAUCAGCCUUUCCUGCCGAUAGGGAAAGGUGCCAUGGAAGGAUUUACACACGGAUUGGGGGAACAGAGGGCACACGACCUGGUCCAGGCUCACAAGCAUAGCACCGUUAACAAGGCAGCCGAUGCAGAUGGGGCCAGCGAGGCCAGCAAGUAUCGAAGGCCUUACAAGAUCACAAGCAUCAGCUUUGUCGCUCAUUCACUAGGCGGGCUGGUCCAAACCUAUGCCAUUGCAUACAUACAAAAGCACUCGCCUCAAUUUUUCGAUCUCAUCAAACCUAUCAACUUCAUCGCGCUAGCCACUCCCUUUCUAGGUUUGAGCAACGAGAACCCUCUCUACGUCAAGUUUGCUCUGGAUUUUGGUCUUGUGGGCAGAACAGGACAGGACUUGGGUCUAACGUGGAGAGCGCCGACAAUUGCACGCAGCGGCUGGGGUGCUCUUGUGAGCAAUUUGGGCGAAUCUGCCCACAAAAAGGUCUAUGGAGAAUCUCAACCAGAAUCCAAGCCUCUGCUGCGAAUCCUGCCCUCAGGACCUGCUCAUAACGCACUUAAGAAGUUUCGAAAUAGAACAGUCUACUCCAACGUGGUCAACGACGGUAUCGUUCCACUGCGCACAAGCUGUCUGCUAUUCUUGGAUUGGCAAGGUCUUGGACGAGUUGGCAAAGCCAGGCGAGAUGCUGGUCUCGUCGAGACAGUGGUGGGCUUUGGAUGGGCAGAGCUAACAGGGGCCAGUAUGGGAUCAUCGCGGCAGAAACUGCAGAUGCUUCCAGAUGACGAUGACGCGGAAUCAGGGGCCACAACUCCCAAUGCAAAUGGCAACGGCAACAAAAAUGACAAUGACAGCCAUGAGGUGCCGCAGCCAUCUAAUGAUGCUAUCGCCGAAGAUGACCGGGCCAGUCUCCGCUCUGUUCCGGCAGUAUUUGCAGAUGAGCCACUCGAAAGCCCAGGCGAGAAUAUCCUUCACACUCCGCUCACCGGAUUCUUCAACCUCUUCAGAAGCAACGACCCUCCAAAGGAGCAUCCUACUUCUGAGAAGCAGAAGAAGAUACUGCGCAGGAGUCAGACAUUGAAAGCUAGCGGAGAUGGCUCUGGCACUCCUGGCAGCUCUGCUUCCUCAGAUAUGAGCAGACGGAUAGGCAAAGCAACGGCAGGUAACGAGUUGGAGGAUGAUCCCGAAGGUCUAAGGGCGCCUCCCAGGACCACCUUUUUCGAAUCUGCGGGCGACGUCUUGAAUCCCAAAAUUCCUGAUGUGGAGUGGCUCGUUGAUCCAUCAAAGCGACCACGAACCAUUUUCCAUGAUCGAGUCUAUCAUCCCACAGAUAUUCCUCCGCCACCUUUGAAGAAGCGGACUUCAGCAUUAAGUAAGAUGAAAAUCAAGUCUUCGUCAUCGUCUCUAUUUGGGCCGCUAUCGCCAGGCGGUAGUGGUGCUUCGACACCACAUACGGGCAUAAACCACGAAGAUUCGAUCGCGUCUACAAAGGACUACGACGACACUGCAAAUACGGGCCCUGAAAAGCAUCCUAAUGAGAUUGUUGAUGGCUCGAAUAUGCGUGUUGAGGAAAAGAUUUCUCGCGGAUACCAUCGAGACUUGUCUUGGCGAAAAGUGCUUGUCAAGCUAGAACCGGAUGCCCACAACAAUAUUUUCGUCCGCCGCAUGUUUGCCAAUGCCUACGGUUGGCCGGUUGUCAAGCACCUAGUCGAUGCUCACUUUAGCGACUCUGCAGUCGCACGGCUGCGUACUGAGGAUGAGUACAUGGGCGAACGAGCACUCGACAUCAACCAGCCCCCUGGAGCAGACGGCGGCGAGACCAUCACAGUGUCCAUGCGACAGGCCCGUGGGGUUGCUCCCGAGCCGGCGAACGCCAGCGAGGCACGAGAAGCACUUGAUGAAGUCCCCGACCUGCCUAAGACACAGGACACGGAACGCUCUUCAUUACUGGCUCACAGUCAUCAAGGGGAUCGGGCGGACUCGAUGUCGUGGAGCGAGCGCGAAUGGGCUAGCAGCGAAAAUGAGAGCGAGCUUGACUACUUGAACGACACCAACGGCGAUAAGAAACUAGAUAAACCAAAAGACGCCCAGGGUGGAAGGUUGAGUCCUUCGUCAUGGAACUGGACGGAGAAGAUUGUUGGAAAGGGGGCGGCUAGGGGAAGAAGCAAGAGUCCUGUGAUAGAAAGGACCAAGUGA